AUGGAAGAGAACGCUGAGAUCGAUGAGGCUCUGCGGAUGUCUAUAUUUGAGGUCAUGACGUGCUUCGUGGAUCUGUGCGCUGACUGCAUGGUCAUCCAUAAAGAGGGUCGAUGGAAAAGCUUCAGGCGCAGCACCAAAAAGAUUCUCCUGGAUGACGGAUCUGUCAAGGAUAACCUGGACAAAUUCAAAAAGCUCACCCAGAGUCAGCUCAAUAUCCAGGCAACUCUGACCCUUGAGGUGGCACUGGAAACAAAUCAAUAUGCUAGCUUUAUCAAGACUACGACAAUUGAGAUCGACGCAACUACAAAAGUCAUCCAGAGUGAAGUGUCUGGAUUAGUCGAAGGAGAGCGCAAGCGGACUCUGGACGAUACUCGCAAGAAAUAUUUGAGCACAAUCAAAACUAUGCUUGGCUUAAAGGAUGAGCAUAUUGCAACUGUGAUAGACGCCCGGGAGAGAAUGUGGAAGAGCUCUGUAAAGGAUAGCGGCAAAUGGCUGAACAACAUCGAUAAAUACAAGCAAUGGAUUGAUAGAGACAGCACAGCCGACCCCUUCCUGGUGCUGACUGGGGACCCAGGAACAGGCAAGUCCUACCUGGUCUCUGCAAUUGCCAAAGAGAUUAAGUCCAGUAACUCUGCGAUCAAGGCUGAGCAGAACCUGGUCGGCUAUUACUCUUUCUCGAUUGCUGGGAAGAGCGAUAGUGACAAACAACGACCAGAGACAGCGAUCAAAUCCAUUUGCGUGCAGCUGGCAGAACAGGGUCAUGUCUAUGCAAAACAUGUGGCCGGUGCGUGCAGCGAGCCUGGCAAAGAUGAGAAGUACUUUCGAGAUGCCAACUGUCCGGAACUUUGGAAGACAUUGCACAUUGGAUCCCCGGCCAAGAACACAACGCAUUACAUUUUUCUGGACUCUGUCAGUGAAAGUACCCUUCAAGUGACAGAGCUUGAUCGACUGGUGGAAGCCAUCCAACAAGGACCCCUUGCCAAUUCCGAAGCUGGAAAGUCCAAUCGAGUCCGCAUUCUCGUCAGCGUGGAACCCCCGAUGUUAGAGAAGAGCAAGCUAAGCUCAGCUUCGACCCAGUGCAUUGACAUUACACAGCACAACCAUGAUGACAUCCAAGCCUUCAUCGUGGAAGAGCUCAAGAAGGAUGAUCUGUUCCAGGGAAAGGAUGAGGACUCCCAGCGGCGCAAAAAGAUGGCCGAGGAACGGUUGAUGAAGCGGUCCAAUAACUGCUACACCGCAGUCCAGCAGGAUCUGAGCAAGAUCAAAGAGAUCAUUGCCUCAAGUGGAACGGAGGACGAGCUUAACCAAGUAUUACAGGACGCCAGCUCGGACCCGACGGACCUGGUACGAUCUGAUCUUGAGACAUUGGAAGCCGUCCUCAAACCAAGGGAGAUCGAAGAGAUCAACGAGUUGUUGAUAUGGGCAGUCGCUGGCAGUGGAGCUUUUGACCUCGAGGAACUGACGGCCGCCCUGUUCCUUCGCUUCAACACUGUCUCCCUUCAACCGCUGGCAAAAAAGGUUACCGGCAAAUAUUCCAAGCUCUUUGUGCUGGCUUAUGGGGAUGAAUACAUGACACUUAGAGAUCACGUUGAGGACUGUGUUGUCACCAAACGCGACAAGGCCAGACAUUCCCCUGACGAGCCCAAGAUUACCGCGACCAUCAGCAUCACAAAUGGAAAUAUCAGCGCAGUUCAGCGCUUCUUCUGGGCCUUGAACGAUUAUUCCUUCCUUGAAAAAUUUGCCUUCCAACCUGAAUCAGACAUCCCCAACACUGGCACUAGGAAGAUACAGUUGUACAAAGUCGACGCCCAUUUUGAGAUUGUUAAACGGGCAUUCAGCUUCUUCCUUGUACCCGUGAAGGAUGAAAGAAGCAAGCGUCUAGGAAAUUAUCUGAUGGGAUAUAUCACGGACCAUCUCAGGGCGUUGUACGAAGCCACCGGUUUGGACGAACUCCUACCAGCCGAGAAACAGUACGUUGCAUCGCACAUCUAUGACAUCUUUAAUGAAGGGGAUAUGAUUGAGAAGAAUUGGGAGUUCCGUUAUUGGGUUACGUGGUACAAGAGCGAUGAGGAGAUGGAAAUCUUCUGGAAAUGGUUGGAUGACCCUGUGGCCGUUGGGCGCCUGGGAGUUCGCGACAAGAGAUGGCUGGCGGAGAUGAAGGAAGACAAAAAUAGGAGUCAGAGCCUCCUAACUCCCAUCAUGACUGUCGUUGCUCGAAACUGGUUAAAAGAGAGCAAAUGGGAGCCCUUGGACGCAUACAAUUGGGUCAAUGGCUUCCUUACUUUGGGCACGAAUCCAACAGCCGAAGAAGGUAACUCUGAUGAAGGUGACUCUGAUGAAGAAGGUGAACCCGACAAGGAAGUUGAAACAGAUGAGGACGACAAAGAAACCCCCAUUGACUCAAACAAUCCUGCUCUUGAAAUGGUGAUCAAAGCCGAGCAAUGGUGCAAACAGGCCUUGAAAGAGAGUCAACCAGAUCACACCUGGUGUACUCGUCUCGCUCUGACUUAUGUUGGCAUGGGUGAAACUGAGGCUGCCGUGAAGCAGUAUGAACAGGCUGCAAUCAUUCUCAAAGCUCAGCACCCCAUUCAAAAAGAGCUGCUGCGAGACGUUUAUCAAGCGCUGGGCAAACAUUCUUCCAACCGAGAGGCUGCAUUGGAAUAUUACGAGCAAGCAUAUCAGCAGGAGGAAGGGAACGUGGAUACUGUCUACGCUCUUCUCACGGGAUAUGUUUUGGCCGGCAAAGAAGACGAGGCCAGACUUAUCAUUCAGAAGGCUUUUACCGAGAAGGCCCCAGGCACAAACUCUACGGUCUUUAUCUCCAUCUUCAAAACGGCUGUUGGCUACGAAGACGAGGAGAAAGUGCUGGCUGUGUUCAAGGCACUCUCCUCACUGAUCCUAUCCUCCCCAGAAUAUUGCACUGUCCUCCAGCGUGAGCUGGAAUCAGCGAUUGAGGAUGCGCGGACGGCGAAUAAGUACAAUGAUCUCGCCAUUUUCCUCUUACAGCUAGGGAACGCCAUGCACUAUCUUCGUAAGGAGUUUCCUGACGAUUGCGCAAAGGCCAUGGGGUAUUGGCGCGAGUGUCUCGCAACAGUUCGCGACAAGGUUCCUUUGGAAGAUCAAGAAGACCUUGAAUUUGUCGAAAAACAGGCGCUUGAUCAUCUCAGCAUCGGUUAUUUUGAGAGGGCCAUCCAUGCUGAGGGCGCUGAGCUUGAAGACAAUGUGGAAAAACUGCAAGAAGCAUACAAGGAGGACAGGCUCUCCUCAAGUGUCAAGUACGUGCUCGCGUUGUUAUACACCUCGAAGGGACAACUCGACAGAGCACGAGACCUACUUCGCUCUGAGAUGGUGACUGCGUUUAAUAUUCUCUUUGAUGAUGACAUUGGCAAUGACUGGCAGGGCUUCAUCGCAAUUCGGAGCCUCCUAGCCCGCACGGGAGACUAUGAAAAUGCCCAGAAAGCCUCUUUCAUGAUUCCAGCACGCAAGUUCAAUGGGGAAGUUCUCAAAGCGCUUUUCGCGGAAGAAGAGCCUUCCCUGGAAGUAGCCAGCGCGGUAUUGGUCCCAUUCUACGAAAGAGAGUGCCCUGAGGAUAGGACGGACGCCAGCAACCUUCUGGCGGUUCUGAAAGAGGCACAGAGACUGUCAGCGGCGGCAGAGUCUGACAGUGAGGAGGCUGCCAUCUAUAGCAAGGUGCUCAUGAUUCUCAACCAAUUCGACUCUGUGAUAAGCACCACCUACUUGUGCAAUAAUUGCGAUCGAGAAUGGGAUUAUGAGAUUUGCUUUCACAUUUGCAAGUAUUGCCACUCGAUGGACCUUUGCGACAUCUGCUACAAUGAUCUUCAAUCAGAUAAGGCGGCCAAGGUUCUUAUUUGUAGCAAACUGCACGACUGGUGGGAGUUGGAGCCUUGGACGAUCGCUAGCUAUGUUCGCGCGUGGAAGAGAUUGAUUCCGGUGAAAGCUGAGGAUGGAAGUGAUGAGUUGAUCAACCUUUCUAAGUGGCUUGGUACUCUUUGUGAGCAAUGGGGGCUGUCGAAGUCGGACUGGAAUUUCGAGUAG